CGCGAGUGAAUACAUCACAUAUCGCUGACAUAGUUUCAGUCUUAUGUAUGGAUAGCCUCAGUCAUACGAAAGCAUAAGUAUGUCCUGUGUAUAGUACUGCAAUGUGCACUGAUAUAACUUAGCUGGCACGUAUAAUAAACAAGUCAACAUGAGAUUUAAAGCUACAAUCAGGGCCGAUUCUCAGGUGCAGCGGUUUACACGAUUUAUCACCACAAUAUCGCGGAUAAACAAAGAUGCGACCCUGCGCAUGGCCCCAGGCAAGCUCUACUUCAUCUUGGUGGCGUCUGAUGUGUCCGAUGGCAGUGUGAGGGUGUGGGCUGAGGUUGAAGCGGAAACUAUUUUCGACAGCUUCCAAAUCGAAAGCCGACACCCAAACAACGAGAUAUUGAUGGAGAUAGGGCUCGAAAAUCUGCAAAGGGCACUCAGAUCGGCAUCAGCGUCUAACGAUGUGGUCUUUCGUUUGACAGGUGACGGGGGCCAACCCGCGUUGACUCUGACUAUCAAAUUGGAGAGUCGAACCGCCGAGCGUACUGUGAUACAGAAUGUGCCAGUUGCGCUACUCAGCCAUGAACUGACCGCCAACUACUGCGAACCUGACUUACCUCAGCCUGAUAUCAACAUAUGCCUGCCAAGUCUCAAGAUUCUCAGCACUAUCAUCGACCGCAUGAAGACAUUGGACAAGUACGUGGUGCUAUCAGCCAACAACGAGGGCGAGCUUCGUCUGCAGAUUGAGGCCGAUGCCGUGAGUGUGUGCACAUCUGUCACAGAAUGUGAGAUUCCAAAGUCUACUGACGCAGAAGAGCAGACUAGAGCAGACGACGUUUUCGUAUCGGCUCGGAUCGAUAUCAAAAAGUUUUCCCAGUUUUUGGUCGGCUUUCAGAUGUCACCUACCGCCGUUAUCUGCAGUAUAGUUCCACACCGGGCGGUCAUACUGUUCCUGCUGAGCCAUGAGGUCUCAAUGACCUACUAUGUGCCCGUCAUCUCCUAG